GGCGGCCCGCGGGCGGGCCGCCCUCCGGCUGUAGCCCACCCCCCUCUUAAAGCGGCGGCGGGAAGAUGAAGCUCCGCGAGCAGCUCCUGAACGGCAGCGCCGCGAUGCCGGGCGCGUCCCUGCAGCGGGCCUGCCGCCUGCUCGUGGCCCUGUGCGCGCUGCACCUCGGCAUCACCCUGGUCUACUACCUGGCGGGCAGCGACCUGCGCCGCCUGCCGCAGCUGGUGGGGGCGCGCGCCCCGCUGGACGAAGUCCCGGACGGCGCCGGGGCGCCGGGGCCGCCCACCGAGGGGCUCCGCGCGCGCGGGGCCGCGCCGCCGCUGCCUCUGGGUGUCUCCUCUCCGCCGCGCCCGCCCGGGGAGUCCAGCCCCGGGCCCGCCCGCAACUCGACUGCCGCGCCCGCGCCCCCCAGCACGGCGCUAUCGCUGCCCGCCUGCCCGCCGGAGUCCCCGCUACUCGUUGGCCCCAUGCCCAUCGAUUUUAAUAUCAAAGUGGACCUGAAGCUGGUGGCGACGCAGAACCCCAACGUGCAGGUGGGCGGCCGCUACCGGCCCAGCAACUGCAUCUCGCCUCACAAGGUGGCCAUCAUCAUCCCGUUCCGCAACCGCUACGAGCACCUCAAAUACUGGCUCUAUUACCUGCACCCCAUCCUGCAGCGCCAGCAGCUGGACUAUGGUAUCUACGUCAUCAACCAGGACGGAGAAGUCAUGUUCAACCGGGCUAAGCUCCUCAACAUCGGCUUCCAGGAGUCUCUGAAGGAUUACGACUACAACUGCUUCGUGUUUAGCGACGUGGACCUCAUUCCCAUGGAUGACCGCAACACCUACAGGUGUUUUGCACAGCCCCGGCACAUUUCCGUUGCUAUGGACAAGUUUGGAUACAGCCUGCCUUACCUUCAGUAUUUCGGAGGCGUCUCUGCUCUCAGUAAACAGCAGUUUCUCACCAUCAACGGAUUUCCGAACAAUUACUGGGGCUGGGGAGGUGAAGAUGAUGACAUCUAUAACAGGUUACAUUUCAAAGGUAUGUCUAUAUCCCGUCCCAACGCCAUGGUCGGGAAGUGUCGGAUGAUCCGCCACUCGAGAGACAAGAAAAAUGACCCCAACCCUCAAAGGUUUGACCGCAUUGCGCACACGAAGGAGACAAUGUUGUCUGAUGGUUUGAACUCACUCAGCUACCGCGUGGUGAACACAAAAAGAUUCCCUUUGUACACCGAAAUCACAGUGGACAUCGGGGCACCGAGCUAGCAUUUUGGUGCCCCAAUAAGCAACCUAAAGAGGCAAGGACUCCUGCCGCAUCCUGCCAAUCCACCGGGCUGGUCCCUCUCGUCCUUACCCAUCAGCGAUAGGCCUUCAUGACUUACCGUUCGGAUGCCCUUCCAGGCAGCCAGAGUGGGGCAGUUCAUCCCCGCCUUAGCUCGGCACGUGACGUAUCAACACGACAGGGCGGUUUUAAGUGUAGCGACUGUCAGCCCUCAGGAAUCCUCGGCACUAUCGCUGUGUCAUCCCAAAGACAGCUGGACAGGGUCCAGCAGCUGGUGACCAUGGGACACAUUCCCGGGAUCAACUGCUAACUUGUUGUGAAAUAAGAAUUUUGCUUUAAGUCGUGGUAUUCUUAUGACUUUACAAAACAUGGGAGAGUGCUGCUGAAAUAGAAAUGAUGGGUUUUUUUGAUCAGCUUCUUUUGACAGAAAAACACAGUCCCCACCAUUGUUUUCUUCCCAGCCCCUCACCCUGUAGGUGUAUUCAGCUGUUACAAUCAGUUUGUGUAACCCACGGGGGUGUCUCUCUGUGUGUGCCUUAGCCAAGGGAUUUUAAAACUUGAGCCUUAGGUUUUUUUCACCCUGCUAACGUGUGACUUCCCAGGCAUUUCUCCUCAUCAGAGCAGAAGCCUGGGGUGUCCCCAAACUCGAAUGCCUUUCUCCAGAUUGUCUGAUUUCUGAAUGUAAAGACUUUUUUAAUAUGGCAGUUUGUAGUGUUUUUAAAGAAAGAACAAAUAGUUUUAAUUAUGAUCUAGCUUGAUUUUUGUGUUGAUCCAGAUUUGCAUAGCUGUCUAGUGCUAAAUCGUCACAGUUUAUUUUUUCUGAGCAUACUCUGUAAACUUGAAUUUCCUGUAUAUUUGUAUUGUGGUGUUUUUAAAUAUGGGGGCAGGGAUGAAUGAGUAUUUUGGGGCCGGGGGGUGGGGGGUGGCAGAAAUAAUGUAUGCAGUACUGGCCAGAAAUGGGCUUCCCGUCUAGCUGACAAAACAUGACUUAGAAAAAAAUCCCUCUUAAGUUUUCUUGAUGAGGGUCAGACUAGUCAGAACUGCUCGCAGGGCCUCUGGGUGGAGGCAGGACCUGCUGGACACUUUCUGCAUCCUCCUGGGAUCUUCUUUUGGGAACCUGGGCUGUGGAGUUGGCAGUGACAGCGGUGAGACUGUGCACCAGCCUUCAGUGGCCUUAGUCCUCUGCUGCCCCUCCCCGCUGCUGUCUCCCUCCUCCCUACCCUCCUCCCUACCCCUCCUUAGCCUUCAUUGGCCUCCUUAAAACUGGCCUGUGGCACUCAGGGUCAAACCAACUAUUCAUUCUCCAUCCCAAAUGUGCCUUUUAAUUAGAGAUUCGGGAGCUGGGGGUAUAGCUCAGUGGCCAGGCACACUGACCUUAAGUGCAUGAGGCCCUGGGCACCAUCCCCCAUGCCACGUAGACAGGGCAAUGCAGCUGCAAUUCUCUAAGACCCCUCUGGUGUUUAAAGCCUCCCUCUCCUCCCUCAGGUUUUUUACCAGGUGCUCCCACUCCAGGGAGGAUACCCACAGGGGUGCUUCCCCGAGCCCACCUUGACUGGGAGGGCUUCGAGCCUGCCUGUGGUGAGAUGCCCAGUUAUGCCACUGAGCACCCUGCCUGGGUCCAGCCUGGUGAAGGGCUUCCAGCUGCACCACCAAACCCUGACCUUUCCAUGGGUGGGGGGGGUGCAAGCUGAGCUGGCACCCCACCCCAACUUUACCUGUGCCUUUAUCAUUUUAGAGCAUCUCAGAUGCUAACUUGGGCCAUCACCCCCACACCCCCCGCGUCCCAACCUUUGUUUGGUUGGAAAGGAUUUGAGAAGCAGCUGGGCUCUGUGAAGAGUAUUCUUCUGUCCCCUCCCCCUUCCCUGGUGCCGAUGUGGAUAAGUCUUAGAGUGGCCACAUGGAGGGAGUUUUGGGAAAUGCAAAGAAUAAAGGGUCCUCUUUCGGACCCCCCACCCCCACCCCCAAUUCUGAUUUCUCCAAAGUGCCUUAAGAGAAAGGAGAGAGCGACCCAGGCGGUCACUUCUUUGGGACUUUACACUUCAAACAAAAUACUGGCCUUUAUUCCUCUUUCUGUUCCAUUGGAAUCGUUGUGUAUGUGGUUCAUUCUUGGAACCAGGGCCAAGAACCUGCUGACCUUCUGGUGCUCUUGGUGGGGGUGCCCAGGCCCAGCGCCUGGACACUCCCCAGGUCCUGAGCUGCUGUCGGCGCUCCCCUUUCGUCCCUGGGGCACUCAGGAAGCCACUCCUUCUCCGGGAAGUUGGCCUCUGCCUUCCCUUUAUCUCUCCUGUAGCCGCUGACCCUGUCCAGUGGCCUUUGGGAAUGAUAUGAGGGCAGAGAUGGCGGCCCAGGAGGGAACAGAAAUGCAGGUGCUGGCUCUCAGCUUGGGCCUGGUCCCCACUGAGCUCAGGGCUGGGGGGGGCAGGGACCCCACACCGCCGGGGCAGCAGCUCACCUGUGCUGGACAAUUGUGCUGUGAGCUUUGAUUUCCCCUGUAUGCAGAUGAGUUUCUUUACCUUUUUUUUUUUUCAGUGGGCGGGGGAGGGAAAUGCCUGAUCUUGGUGUUGAAAACACGAUUGUAUUUUCUGCCUUUAUGAUCCAAAUAUAACGUGAAUAAAUGAUGCUA